AUGCCUCACCGCCAACUCCAACCUCCCAGCUCCAGUGGCGAAGAGUUUGAUGCUCCAUCCAGCGGAUCGUCGAGUUCGGAUGAGUCUGACCCCGAGAAUGAUCUCCUAUCUCGCGGUGGAACGGCACACCUCUUGACUAUCAGCUCAAAUCCAACAAGAGAAGAGUAUGACAAGUUAUUGUGUGGCAAGUGUGAUAAGGAGGUUCGUCAACUUCGUGAAGAGUUGGCGACAAUCAAAGUCAACCAGCCGAAGCGCUUGCGACAUAGUCAAGGCAACAAGGAGAUCGCAUCAAUUGGUCAAAUGUUCAGCCUUACCUGCGAACUGUUCCUUCCGGACAACUACAAUACAGUCGUUACUAACAGUUCUCGUCCCCAACAGAGUCUCAUCAACAGCCCCCAGAGAUAUGUUACAAAGGCGGCUGAGGAAGCUGGCAUCUUAUCGGAAAUAUAUGAGACGGUUCCCGAACGCUUUCACGGUUUGAUGAGGGAGCACAGUCAAUUCGGUGUCUUAUUUUGCAAUAAACACCAUAAGGUUCGCUCAACGUUUCUCAAAGAGCUUCACGACAAGAUCAUUCCGAAGAUAUUUGGUGCCGAACUUCGUGAUGUUGCGAAUCAAAUCGGUGCUAGUCACGCUGCCAAGCGGGCAAGCAACAAUGACUUCCAGGAGCUUCUGCAUUGGGACAUGGCACAGAAUAAGUACCCCAAGUUCGCUCCUCUUGUUUUGGCUCUCAAAGGUUUAUUGACUGGCACUGCCUCAAUUACAAAGGUCGGCAAAUACGCAAAGCCGAAAACGCGUGCCACCUUGUGGGGGCUUCUUGGUGUGACGCCUGGUUCUAUUGCCGGCAUCGCCAUUCUGGGAGCUGUGACUGGUAUCGACUAUGGGAAAGAUUUUACCUUGUACAAGAUGUUUAUCAUCCAGAAACUCAACACUCCAUAUGGGAAAGUGCUAUUCGACCUCUACAAUCAAAUUAUCUUUGGAUCGGCUACGGUGAAUACAAUCGCGAAUGAUCCAGGAGAUGGGGACGAAAGCAGUGGCAUCGAGGAUGCAACCAAUCAAUUCCACACACUCUCCCUUGCCUCUCCUGAACUUGCUACUCAUGGAAAUAUCGAACAAGUCGCCCUCGACACUCUUCCCACCAGUUCUAAUGCCGAACAAAGAAUCAUCAGCGCCGGACCAUCGCAGGAGCACAGCCCUAGCAAUCUGGCGUCUGUCGCACAGGAACAGCCACUUUCAACAACACGUCAUGCAGCUCCAUCUACGUUGGUCACGCCAGAAGCCAGGGUUGUAGAGAAGUCAAAAAAAGGGAAGGCAAGGGAGAAGGGAACUGUUCAGGACACAGCGGCGGAGGUUGUUGAGGCUGUACUAGGUACUCGCAAGCCUCGCAAACAAUGCACACGCAAAACUUAG